CAAGUGGACACAACAAAACUCUCUGCAAAAAUAAAGGAAAAUUAUGGGCGACCAAAAAGGUUUUUCAACAAACAUCAAAGUCUAUGCUGCUGUCGUGACUCUACUAAGCUGUUGCAGCCCAGCGUCAAGUUUCCUCUUUCCUCGUGUCACUCGUACAAGUGAUGCCACCAUCAUCGAUUAUACUGGCGUGGGAUAUGCUCCCUUGCUGCACCAAGGCAAGAACUAUGAUGGAGACAUUGCUAAUUCCAAAGGAUUCAUUCCGGUGUCGUCAUUCAAUCCUUACGCAAUGACGUAUCGCCAGCCGCAGCCAAUAAUGUUCAAUGGAUGGCCUUAUUCAUACGGACAGCAAAGUCUCAUCACUCAAUGCAGCAGGUGUCGUGCCUCAUAGGCAGCUUGCCGACGUUGGUGAACAGCAAGGGGUAAACCAAAUAGACAUAGGCCUAAAACAAGGUCUCACGACAGCAACGACGACGAUACCACUAACAACUCCAGCGAUUCAGUGCGGCCUUGGACCAGCCACCAUGCCCGCAGCACGGUCAUCGAUCAGUGAAAGACUCGCAGGCGGAGUAAAUGCCAAAAAGAACGCUUGGCCUUUCACGGUAUUAGUUGCCAUUAGUAUUGGACUUGGCCAGCAACCGUGUUCUGGAGUUUUGAUUAGUGACACUAAAGUGCUAUUAGCAGCUCAGUGCCUGGAACGAUUGCCUUUAUUUUACACGAUGCUCAUGACCGUUUCGGUUGGGAUGCAUUCAAUAAACCCGUUCGACGCCCCAAUGACGAGGAGAGUCAGUAAUAUUGUUCUUCACGGCCAAUUCAAUGCUGCCACCUUUGCCAAUGACAUAGCCAUCAUUACUUUGGACGCGCCUGUGGUUUUAUCCAGGACAGUUGCACCUGUUUGUUUGCCACCUGCCAGUGCAGACCCCGACCAAUACGUCGACCAAGAUGCGAUUGUUUUGGGGAGGGAUGCAGAAAACUGGGGCCAAGUUGUGGCUGCAUUUAUUUCCAUAGCUAGCAACAGCGCUGCUGUUCUUUAUACUGUUCUAUAG